AUGCCUCCAAGAAGAUCAGCCCGAAAUACUGGACGAGGUGGAAAUCGUGGUGGUAGAACUGGGAAUGGUGAGACCCAAAACCCUGACAUUGCUGAGAUCAUAGCACAACAGCUCCAAGCACUAAUUCCCACUAUUGUCGCUCAGGUUAGCAAUAACCUUAACCACCAGAAUGAUGAURGAGAAAGGGAKCAUGAAGGAGAUGCUAAUAAUGGGGAUGCRGUUGGUAGCAAUGCCAGAAAUGCUAAUGGUUGUACUUACAAGGAAUUCUUGGCAUGUAAGCCAAGGGAUUUCGAUGGCAAGGGGGGCGCAUUGGUACUCACAAGAUGGGUAGAGAAGAUGGAAGCAGUGAUGGAUAUCAGCAAUUGUGCAGAUAACCAAAAGGUGAAGUAUGCAGCAAGCUCUUUAAGUAACAAAGCUCUGACAUGGUGGAACACACAGAUUCAAGCUAGGGGGAGAACCGCUGCAAUAGGCAUGUCCUGGGAGGAGUUUAAAGCAUUGCUAGUGGAGGAGUUCUGCCCAAAGAAUGAAAUGCAGAAAAUAGAAACUGAGUUUUGGAACCACACCAUGGUGGGAGCUAACCAUGCCGCGUACACUGAUCGAUUCCAUGAGUUAGCCAAACUAGUCCCACAUUUAGUUACCCCCGAGUCCAAAUGGAUUGCUAGGUAUAUUUCUGGGCUAGUUCCUCAAAUUCGUGGAAUGGUUACUACAACUGAGCCACCAACCAUUCAAAGUGCUAUCUUAACGACGGGGGCACUAACAGAUGAGAUGGUUAGAAAUGGAUCCUUGACUAAAAGUAACGAGAAGAGGAAAGAUGGAGCCAACCCUGUCAGGAAGGAGUAUACAGGUCCUGCCCCAAAAUGUGCCAGGUGCAAUUACCAUCAUUAUCCCAAUACGCCGUGUCGUUCCUGUACAACAUGCAAUAGAUUGGGGCACUAUGCAAAGGAUUGUCGGGUAGGGGCCGGGUUGGUGACUCCAGUAAAUGCAAUAAACCUGAUAGUUACUCGUGGGGCGUGUUUCGAAUGCGGUGGUACCAAUCACUAUCGAUCGACGUGCCCUAGGCUGAACAUAGCACAUAAUCAAGGUGGGAAUCGCGUAAAUCAAGUGCCAGCUAUCGAGGGAAACCAAAACCAGGGGAGCGGUGGCAAUCCAAUUCGUGGAAGAGCCUUUAUCAUGGGAGCAAACGAGGCUCGGCAGGAUCCUACCAUUGUCACGGGUACUUUUUCUUUAAACAAUUACUAUGCUACUGUACUAUUUGAUUCCGGUGCUGAUUAUAGUUUCGUUUCCACURAAUUUGUGACUCUAACGGAUAUGAAACCUAGUAAUUUGGACUCUAGUAUUAUGGUAGAAGUAGCAAGUGGUCAAAAGGUAGAAGCUAAUAAGGUUGUUCGUGGGUGCAACUUAGUAUUAGGGGGUUAUCCUUUCGCUAUUGACUUGAUACCUUUUGGGUAUGGAAGUUUUGACGUGAUUGUGGGAAUGGACUGGAUGGCGAAGGUUAGGGCGGUAAUAGUUUGUCACGAGAAGAUAGUUCGAAUCUCCAUGUCGAACGGUGCAGUACUCCUGGUUCGUGGAGAUCGGCCUCAGGAAGAUUCGAAGCAUCUUAUGAGUACGAAAGCAGAUGAGAGGAAACUCGAAGAUAUUCCGGUUGUUCGGGAUUUUCCUGAAGUAUUCCCUGAAGACCUGUCGGGAUUGCCCCUUCCUCGACAAGUUGAAUUUCGCAUAGAUUUAAUUCCCGGAGCGACUCCUAUUGCCAGAUCACCGUACCGCUUGGCGCUGACUGAAAUGGAAGAGUUGUCCAACCAACUUCAAGAGCUCCAAGACAAGGGUUUCAUUCAACCUAGUCACUCACUAUGGGGUACACCUGUUCUGUUUGUCAAGAAGAAGGAUGGCUCAUUCCGGAUGUGCAUAGAUUACCGAGAACUGAACAAAUUGACCAUUAAGAACCGUUAUCCUCUCCCGAGGAUAGACGACUUAUUCGAUCAAUUACAAGGUUUGCAUCUUUUCUCUAAGAUAUAUCUUCGCUUCGGUUACCAUCAGUUGCGGGUACAUGAAGUGGACAUUCCAAAGACUACAUUUAGGACUCGUUAUGGACAUUUCGAGUUUAAGGUCAUGCCCUUCGGACUAACCAAUGCACCUGCGGUCUUCAUGGAUCCGAUGAACCGCGUGUGCAAGCCAUAUCUGGAUAAAUUUGUUAUCGUCUUCAUUGACGACAUCUUGAUUUAUUCGAAGUCCAAGGAAGAACACGAGGCACACUUACGGCUAAUCCUAGAGUUACUUAGGAAAGAGAAGUUGUUCGCCAAGUUUUCAAAAUGUGAAUUCUGGUUGCAAGAGGUACAAUUUCUCGGUCAUGUAGUUAACAACGAUGGAAUUCAUGUGGACCCCAGUAAGAUUGAGGCAGUAAAGAAAUGGAGGACCCCUAAAUCACCCUCAGAAAUUCGUUCAUUUAUGGGAUUGGCAGGUUACUACUGA